AUGCAUUUAUUGAAUAUCGCUAAACAUCUUUUCCACUUGGCUCAAACUGAAUAUGGAUCUGAAAAUUCUCCAACAACUAACGAUGAAAUUUUUACUGCACAAAGAUUAUUCGAAGUUCUGAAGUCAUUUAAAGAUAGCUACUUUAGUGAACUGUAUACUUACGAUACCCUCGAAUAUGAAGAUGAAUAUGAUGAAACGACUGAUGAAGACGAAAGCGAUGAUGAAAUAAUGGAUGAAGAAGAGAGCGACAAUGAAAUGGAUGAUUAUGAUGAGAACGAACAGUUUGAUUUAAAAAGUCGUUUUACACUAGAAGAAAUGGAAAAUAUAAUCGAAUGGGUUGACCAACAUCCAAAUGCUAGAUUUGCUACUAUUUCUAAUCGAUUUAAAAAGAUCAAACAUAGGAAUUAUAUUACAAGAUUUAGACAAUAUAUCGAAAAAGAUGGUACAAGAUUACAAAAAUUAAAACAAAUUAAAGAGUUUAUGUUUAAUAAAUUUUAUCGGAAGAGAACAAUUGAAAAAGAAGCCAUUCAUGAUGCUGAUCUUGAACUUUAUGCCAUUCAAAAAGCAAGAGAACUGAAUUGGGAUACAUUCAAGGCUGGCAAAACGUUUAUCAAUAGUUUUAAAAGGGAAAAUAGAAUAUCAUCAAGAAGAUAUAACAAAAUUAUUACUCGAACUAAACCAAAGAGAAAAGUUUGUAGUUUAAAUGAUGCUCACAAUUGGAUAGAAAGUAAAAGAUCUUUAAUAGCAAAAUACUCUGCCAAUGAAAUCUUAAAUAGCGAUCAUUGUUCAUUUCAACAAGAAUACAUACCUCCAAGAACACUUUCUUUUACUGGUGAAAGAACAACAGAAGUGGCCGUUAAAAAGAAAUAUAAUACAACUCAUUCUUAUACAAUUCAACCAGUUACAUUAGCCAAUGGACAUUUAUUGGAAAAAUUCUUACUUAUCCUUCAAGAAAAAGAAAAUCAGUUCGGUCAAAGAGUAGAAAAAAAAUUAAUUAUACCACCAAAUGUUGUAGUAAAAGCUUCUAAAUCUGGAAAAAGCAGUGGUGAAAAACAUCACGCUUUUUUAAAUGAAAUUCUUCGUCCUUUGGUUGGUAAAAAAUUUCUUCUCUUCCUUGAUUGUUGGAAAACUCAGGCUGAUCUAACAAAAUUUAGAGCAGUAUUUCCUAAUCAAGAUAGUCAGUUACUGAUUUUUCCUGAAGGAUCAACCGGUUAUAUUCAACCACAAGGUCUUUCUUUGUUUCGUUCAUGGCGAUUUAUUCAUGAAAAAAUCGAGCAUUGUACUUAUAUCAAUCGAACAGAAAUUACUAUAAGUGAUCGUCAGUAUUUCAUCAACAUGCAUUCUGUUAUUCACAACCAACUAUCAGAUCCACAAUUUAAGAAUCUCAUUAAGAAUGGAUUUAAACAAGCUGGAUUAAUAAAUGAAACAAUUGGACAGAUUCACAAACCAAAAGAUGUUUGUUUCAAAUUUUACGAUCUAUACUGUUCAACUAAGAACUGCAACGAACGAACACUUUUAAUGUGUGCUUGGUGCGAAAAAGUUCUUUGUUACUAUCAUUUGAUUGAAGAUAUACAUCUGCACUUGUAAUAUAUUUGUUAAAAUAGUAUAUUGUGCAAUCUAUUGUUUUCGGUUGAAAUAAAAUCAGAACUAUUCCAGUUAAAGAUUCUGAUAAGUACUAACUGAU